UUUAUAAAUAAUAUUGUUGCAGACAGAUAUGCCUUUCUACAAAACAAGCCACAAGAUCUUACUAGGAUUGACUAUUUUCUUCGCAUUCAUUGCUUUUAUCUCAAGAAACGACACCUUUAAAUACUGGAUUGUUCCAACCCUCACCUUUGGAAUGUUCUACCUAGUUGAUCUCAUGUUCUUCGGCGCAAAGACAUUUGAGUAUGAACCAGAUUAUAAUAAUUGGAAGGCUAAAUGCGAAGAUGAGGACUAAUUGAUAAUAUGUCAUAAUUAUUGCACCUAAGCAGCCAGUUGGAACAAUAUUUUA